AUGUCAACUAGAACUACAACAUCUCCAGCAACUAAUAGAGCUACAAUACCUCCAGCAACCAAUAGAGCUACAACACCUCCAACAACUAAUAAAACUACAACACCUCUAACUACAACUAAAUCUACAACACCUCCAGCAACUAAUAAAGCUACAAUACCUCCAGCAACCAAUAGAGCUACAACACCUCCAGCAACUAAUAGAGCUACAAUACCUCCAGCAACCAAUAGAGCUACAACACCUCCAGCAACUAAUAGAACUACAACACCUCUAACUACAACUAAAUCUACAACACCUCCAGCAACCAAUAGAACUGCAACAUCUCUAGCAACUAAUAGAACUACAACAAAAAUUACAAAACCUACAAGGCCUACUAAAACCACACCAAGAAUUACAAGACCUGAAACGUCAACUAGAACUACAACAAAAAUUAGAACACCUCCAACGACUAAUAGAACUACAACAUCUCCAGCAACUAAUAGAGCUACAACACCUCCAAUGACAGCUAAAUCUACAACACCUUCAAUGACUAAUAGAACUACAACACCUCCAGCAACUAAUAGAACUACAACACCUCCAACUAAAACUAAAUCUACAACACCUCCAAUGACUAAUAGAACUACAACAAAAAUUACAACACCUCCAACGACUAAUAGAACUACAACAUCUCCAGCAACCAAUAGAGCUACAACACCUCCAGCAACUAAGAGAGCUACAACACCUCCAGCAACCAAUAGAGCUACAACACCUCCAGCAACUAAUAAAACUACAACACCUCUAACUACAACUAAAUCUACAACACUUCCAGCAACUAAUAGAGCUACAACACCUCCAGCAACCAAUAGAGCUACAACACCUCCAGCAACUAAUAGAACUACAACACCUCCAGCAACCAAUAGAGCUACAACACCUCCAGCAACUAAUAGAACUACAACACCUCCAACUAAAACUAAAUCUACAACACCUUCACUGACUAUUAGAACAGCAAGACCUCAAGCAACUAAUAGAACUACAACACCUCCAAGCUACAAAACCUCCAACAACUAUAAGUACGACAAUAAAAACUACAACUCAGACGACUAA